AUGGUAUUCAUAUGUGUCACAUGUCCUUGUAUAAAAAAAUACUUACCAUUACUAAGUUCGAUUAUUUUUUUUCUUAUAUUAUUUUAUACAAAUGCUGUUGUAACAACAAUUGCAGAUCGUAUUGCACCAUAUUAUCAACCCGCAUUACCUGAUAUUGGUCAUAAAAUUUUACCCUAUUGGAGUUAUUAUCAAAUAAAUAAUUACUUAAUUAUAAUUGGUUAUGUAUUUGUCUUUAUCAGAUUUUUACCACAAUCUGACAUUCGUAUUACUGUUUUUCGUCGAUGGUUUUUUGUACAAGGUUUAAUGUUUGGUAUGCGUAGUGUGUCUAUUUUUGUCACUUCACUUACUGUGCCACAGCCAGGUUGUGUUACUAAUAUAACAGAAUUAGCAACACCAGCUGUCGAAGCAUUUUAUGUUAUAUUCGCAUUACGUUCGACAUGUGGUGAUGUACUUUUUUCAGGUCAUACAGUAGCAUUCACAAUUUGUGCUCUUUGUUGGACAACUUAUGCUCGAGGUGAAGAAUAUCGACCAUUCGUAUUUAUUUAUCGUAAAUGUGGUUUUACACGAGAAUUUCAUUUUCCUGAAUGGUUCAUUCGACCUAAAUUAGAUGCUGUUGGAGAUCCUAUGACACUUUAUUUAACAACUUAUAUUGUUUGGUCUUAUUCUGUAGCUGGUUAUUUAAUUAUUAUUGCUACUCGAUUUCAUUAUACUGUUGAUGUUUUCCUUGGUUGUUUAUUAACAGUAUUAACUUGGUAUACAUAUCAUUCCUAUGUUAAAAGACUUUUAGAGAAGAGAAGAUUUCUUAUUGCAAGAAUAUUUGUUUGGUUCGAAGGAUUAGAAGGUGAUGCAUCAACAUCCAUUAGUUUACUCAAUGGACCUGUACCAAAUCAACCAACAGAAUUACCACCUGUUGCUGUCGUUAGUGCUGGUGAUGCAAGAUUUUAA